GAGAACACAAAUAAGCAGCAGAUGAAGUGAAAAGGCAAAUGAAAAAGACGACGUACGAAGAUCACGACUGAGAGAUUAUUAGUUUACGAUUAGCUCGACAGAGCGACAAUGAAGCUUCCGUUACUCUCUUACACCAACUCAGCCUCGUUUUGUCGGACAGGCAUAUGCUCUUCUUCUUCUUCUUCCUCCUCAACUAGUAUUAGUGACUUCCCGGAGAUAAGAAGGAGCUUGAGAAUGAGACUCAACGGUGGAGAAAAUUCACGAAGCGUUAAAGCUUCCGCUGGACGAAGCAGCGAAGGGAUGGAGAAGACAGACAGCAGCGGAGGAGGAGCAAGACAAUUCGCCGGUCCUGUCAUGGAGGUUACUACACUUGACCGUGGCUUUGCUAACUCCACAACCGUUGAUUUCCAGGUAUGGGACAAAAUCGGCGCCGUGGUUAGACUUACUUACGGGAUCGGAAUAUAUGGAGCAAUGGCUGUAGCAGGAAGAUUGAUAUGUUCAGUGACUGGGAUUGAUUCAUCUGGUGGCUUUGAUCCUUCUCUCGAUGCACUUCUCGCCGGUCUUGGCUAUGCUACUCCACCUAUCAUGGCUCUUCUCUUCAUUCUCGAUGAUGAGGUUGUGAAACUAUCACCCCAUGCUCGAGCCAUCAGAGAUGUGGAAGAUGAGGAACUAAGAGGCUUUUUCUUCGGAAUGUCCCCAUGGCAGUUUAUACUCAUUGUUGCGGCCAGUUCCAUAGGAGAAGAGCUCUUUUACCGUGUUGCUGUACAGGGUGCUCUGUCUGAUAUAUUCUUGAAAGGAACACAACUGAUGACAGAUUCUAGAGGCAUGGCAUCUCUGACCGGAAUCUUGCCUCCAUUUGUCCCAUUUGCUCAAGCAUUUGCAGCCGUGAUCACCGCCACUCUCACAGGCUCCCUUUACUUUCUUGCUGCUUCUCCAAAAGACCCGACAUACAUUGUUGCCCCGGUUCUAAGGUCACGCCGCGAUGAUUUUAAGAAGCUUUUGUCUGCAUGGUACGAGAAGAGACAGAUGAAGAAGAUUUACUCUCCCCUCCUGGAAGGAGUCUUAGCGUUCUACCUCGGUAUUGAAUGGGUUCAGACGGACAAUAUCUUAGCACCGAUGAUGACACAUGGUAUAUACUCGACGGUAAUAUUAGGGCAUGGGCUGUGGAAAAUACAUGAUCACCGUAGAAGGUUACGUCGGAGGAUCGAACGGCUUAGAUCGGAGACCGCUGAUGAAUGAACGGUUUUAAAAU